AGCCUCGCAUUCCCCCCCUUUCUCUCUUCUCUCUUCGAGGGCACGCCAACAGUCUAUAAUCUUAAAUAUUUAAUGCAUCUGGUCUCUUAUUCGUGCAAGUGCUACGCCGCAACACUUCCAGGGUUGACCGUCGCGGUCUCCCGAGUCCCAAACCUCCUUUACUUGAACCACGAAGUUACGACUUGGAAUCGACUCAAUUAGCCUUGCUGAAAUCUUUAUUCUUCGAUCUCAAUUCAAUCUUCUUCUUCAUCCCUUUUUUUCUAAUUGUACCAUUUCAGCUCUUUCCGACUGCGCGGCACCGCAAAACACUACGGCUUCACCAUGCGACGCGGCUUAUUGAUCUUUUUAAUUGUCAACCUAGUCAUAAUAUCCUUUCUAGUUCGCAGCGUGUCGACUCUGCUAUCGCUUCUUGUGGAAGAUGCCUCGGCCGACGCGAUCCACCGUUCAGAACUCCCGUCGCCGAAUUCGAGCUUGAUCGAGCAAAGGCCACAGAUCAUCCCCAAGAUCAUUCACCAGACAUACAAGAACGAGUCAAUUCCUGAGGUGUGGCAGGAGGCUCAGCAGAGUUGCAUUGACUUGCACCCUGACUACGAAUAUAUUCUAUGGACGAACGAGAAAUCGCGCGAGUUCAUUGCCGCGGAAUAUCCUUGGUUCCUCGAGACAUUUGAUAAUUACAAGUAUCCGAUUCAGCGCGCGGAUUCCAUUCGUUACUUUGUUUUGGCGCAUUAUGGAGGAACCUACAUUGAUCUUGACGAUGGCUGCAACCGUCGUUUAGAUCCUUUACUGGCUUAUCCUGCAUGGGUUCGCCGAACCGUCCCCACCGGUAUCUCCAACGACGCCAUGGGCUCUGUCCCGCAACAUCCCUUCUUCCUCCGAGUGAUCGAGGUGCUGCAAUCAUAUGACCGCAGCUGGCUUCUCCCGUACAUCACGGUCAUGUACUCGACGGGGCCUCUCUUUCUCUCUGUUAUCUGGAAGGAGUACAUGCAGGAUGGACCCAACGAAGCCGGACGGGUGCGCAUUCUGAUGCAGGAAGAGUACAACAAGCAUUCGUGGAGUUUCUUCACCCACCAUGUGGGUAACAGCUGGCACGGCAGUGAUGCCAGGUUGAUUUUCUGGAUGGGUCAACACUGGGUGUUCCUAACCGUCCUCGGCUUCAUCCUUGGCGGGCUAGUGGGAAUUUGUCUCUGGUGGGCUUAUGGCCGACUCCUACUCUUGGGAUCCAAGUAUCGCUACCGAUACUCUAAGCUCCCUUCGUUCAUGUCUCCCUCGUCGCCAAGCCGCAGGUCGCGAUUCGUCAUGCCAACACUGCUUCGUCGCGUCAGCUUCAAGAAGGACGAGGAAGUCGGCCCUAUCAACGAAGCCUCCUACGAACUUUACAGCCGACGUGAUUAAACGCAUCCCUUGUGACCGAACACAUCUUCGUGACCCGACAUAUCCUCGGUGACUCAAUGUACGGUCGUAUCUUCAUUCAGCGUUUCCCCCCCUUGUAUACUUUCAUCUUGCUGUCUACCUCUUGCAGCGUUUGGCGCACAUAAGUGGAAUUUUUCUUUUCUCCGGGUCCAGGACCUCCCAACUUGGCUUUAUAGAGCUACAGCCCUUUGCUUGUACAUGUUCUUUUUUGACAACAUGGCGCCCCCCUACUUUGCAUGCGUGAUCCAGCGCUGGGCAGUGCUCCAUCUUCUGAUCUUGUUAUCUACGCCUCAAUCCUUUCUUGUCAGUAUAAUAUUAGACUUAUAGACUGUUCGAGUAGCUAUAGGUCAAUGCAGCAGUAGCUAUUUAAUGUGCAACCAACCUAGUCUUCAACCAAGAAAUUGAGUCGAAC